CGGAAGCGGCAGGGCAGAGUUUAGCGGAGUUCUCCGACAGCCAUUGCAGUGUCGUGGCUCAGUAACAAAACACGAAAAGGGCUGGGGACGAUCAGACAGCCGCUUUCCUCUUCUUGACCGAGAUUAAUUGAUGUGACUGUUGGAACGAACGCACUCGGCGAAUCAAUCUACACCUGAACAACAAAAUUGAAAAGCUCCGGAUAUGUCCUUCCUAUUUGAUUGGAUUUAUAGCGGUUUCAAUAGCGUACUACAGUUUUUAGGACUGUACAAGAAAUCCGGCAAGUUAGUAUUUCUUGGCUUGGACAAUGCUGGCAAAACGACACUACUGCACAUGCUCAAAGAUGACAGAUUGGGACAGCAUGUGCCAACUCUACACCCAACGUCAGAAGAGCUGACCAUCGCUGGCAUGACUUUUACCACUUUUGACCUCGGAGGACACGCACAAGCCCGCAGAGUGUGGAAAAACUACCUCCCUGCCAUUAAUGGUAUCGUCUUCCUCGUGGAUUGUGCAGACCAUCUGAGACUGGGUGAAUCAAAAGCAGAGCUUGAUGCAUUAAUGACAGAUGAGACCAUCGGAAAUGUGCCUAUCUUAAUCCUGGGCAACAAAAUCGACAGGCAAGAAGCCGUAAGUGAGGAGAGGCUGAGGGAAAUGUUUGGAUUGUACGGACAGACGACAGGAAAGGGAAACAUUCCCAUAAAGGAGCUGAACACGAGACCGCUGGAGGUGUUCAUGUGCAGUGUGUUGAAGAGGCAGGGCUACGGCGAGGGCUUCCGCUGGCUGUCCCAGUACAUCGACUAAAGAGGCCAAGCCCCCACGAUAACACCGCCAUCGCCACCACCACCGUUGAGAGGGGGGGCGCCAAAUCCAACCACUCAAAGACGCGCCCCCCGUUUCCACCAGUACCAUCAUAGUUAGCCCCCACGUUCAGUUAAUCAAGUUUGCCUCCGUCUUCAGAGAAACCAGUACAACUCGAUCCCAAUAGACUUUUAUUGGUCGAACAUUUGGUUCCGCACUUCCAGCAUUCGUACAUCAAGGCUCACCGUCACAUUUGUUGUCCUCUUUCUUUUGUAAGAGCGUAACGUAGCUUCGGCUCCACAGCAAAGUGUGUUCACAUGCAAACGGAUGAAUCUUUUCUAUAUGGUGUCUGUCGUCGUCUUCACUCUGUCCCUCCCUUCCUGCCAUCUCGAGUGUAAUGAUAGAUGCAUCAUAAAUGUAAAUCUGUACAUGAUUUCAUCGAUUUAUCAGCAAGCCCCUUCACUCCCUCUACAACUCAUCUGAAGCGAAUGAAAGCGAGCAGCAGCAUAGUUGUAUACAUCGCAGUACCUUUUUUUUUUUUUAACAGUAAAAAAAUUCAUCCAACAUUAUAUUUAAUCGCUGUUUUGAUUUGUCCUUUUUUUUUAAACUUCUGUCUUUAACAUGGUUUCAGUAAAUUAAAGAUGAGGUCAUGUAUACAGCUAAAAAUCUAUGAAGCUGUUCCAUUUCUAAGAACGGUGUAGUUGUGUGUCAUAAAUUAGAUCCAUAUCUUUUGUAUAAAUUAAUAUACUCUUGUCCCAGGCUUCUGUCUGGUAGGCAGAGUAGCUCUGACUGGAUCCAAGCCGUCAGUGGGCUCCCUUUUUAAACAGAAGCACGGGGGGUGAGGAGUUAUUUUUAUUUUUUGUUUUUUAAUAGGAAACAAUACCGGCUUAUAACUCAAAUGUAGAUAGCACAACGAUCAGCUGAUGCAAAGACUUGUGUUUAAAAUAAAUAAAACUUUGCAAUUAAUGACCUGAUCAUGAUCGCCCUGUAAACGAUGAGAGGAGUAAAUGGACAGACGUGAAAUCGAUAUUAGAACAGCUCAGAUCCUUUGAUCGUCUAGUGACCAAGUGGAAAUGGAGGACACAGUCCCACAGUGGGGACAGGUAGCUAACACAACUUCAGGAAAGGGACCAUGUGUAUGAAAUGUACAUGAACACCGUACAUGGAUCUUUGUAUUUAUAAAUGGUAUCCUUUGAUCUAUGUGCAUUACCGAGAACUAUUAUGCAUGCCUUGUUUAGAUUUUUUUAAGACCAUUAUUACUCUACAGGGGGGAACAUGCCAAAAUCUACAAGAAAUGAUUGUCGUGUAUUGUUUUUUUUUUUUAAAGGAAACAAUAGCAUUACGCAUAAUAUACUGUUUCUGUCCCUUUGUGUCUCUUCUCAUUCCCUCAUGACUAAUGAGCUGUUCCAACAUGGAUGGGACUUGCUGUUGUUUGCAUCAUUAAAAAAAAUGUAAUAAAUGUUUGCAAUGAA